GUCACGGCGCGGCGGCGCGCGGAGGUGACGGGCGCGCGGGCCAUGGCGGCGGCCGGAGGGUGCCGGAAAUGUCUCCUCAGCAGCCUGUGGCUCCUGUCCCGCCGUUAUCCCAUCCCUGCCUUCCCCAGGAGCCUGGACAGGAUCAGCAGCCCUGCCCUGGCCACCCCCCAGUCCAGAUGCUACUCCUCGGGAGGAAGGAAGGGAUUCAUCUCAGGUUUUGUGGAGAACAUCAAACAGGAAUUAGCCAAAAACAAAGAGAUGAAGGAAAGCAUUAAAAAAUUCCGAGACGAGGCGAAGAGGCUGGAGGAGUCGGACGCGCUGCGGGAAGCGAGGAGGAAAUAUAAAACCAUUGAAUCUGAAACAGUGAAGACCUCAGAAGUGAUUAAAAAGAAACUUGAAGAAAUAACAGGGACGGUUAAAGAGAGCUUGGACGAGGUCAGCAGGAGCGACCUGGGCAGGAAGAUCAAGGAGGGCGUGGAGGAAGCGGCCAAAACGGCCAAACAGUCGGCAGAGUCGGUGACCAGGGGAGGGGAGAAGCUGGGCAGGACUGCAGCCUUCAAAGCCAUCUCCCAGGGAGUGGAAACUGUUAAGAAGGAAAUAGAUGAGAGCGUUCUGGGACAGACGGGUCCCUACAGACGCCCGGAGCGGCUCCGGAAGCGGACAGAAUAUUCCGGAGAGAGGGUUAAAGAGCAGCGAGUGUUUGAAGCCAAUGAGGAGGCCAUGGGCAUGGUGCUGCAUAAAGACUCCAAGUGGUACCAGCAGUGGAAAGAUUUCAAGGACAACAACGUGGUUUUCAACAGGUUCUUUGAGAUGAAGAUGAAAUACGACGAGAGCGACAACGCCUUCAUCCGAGCAUCGCGCGCCGUCACCGACCGCGUCACCGACCUGCUGGGGGGAUUGUUCUCCAAGACGGAAAUGUCGGAGGUGCUGACGGAGAUCCUCAGGGUGGAUCCCUCCUUUGACAAGGAUCGCUUCCUGAAGCAGUGUGAGCGGGACAUCAUCCCCAACGUCCUGGAGGCUCUGAUCUCCGGAGAGCUCGACAUCCUCAAGGACUGGUGCUAUGAGGCCACCUACAGCCAGCUGGCCCAUCCCAUCCAGCAGGCCAAGGCCUUGGGGCUCCAGUUCCAUUCCAGGAUCCUGGACAUCGACAACAUCGACCUGGCCAUGGGGAAGAUGAUGGAGCAGGGCCCGGUGCUGAUCAUCACCUUCCAGGCACAGGUGGUGAUGGUGAUCAAGAACCACAAAGGGGAGGUGGUGGAGGGAGACCCGGGAAUGAUCUGUGGAGCAAAUCCCUGGCACCUCCCGGGCUGUGUGAUCCCCAGCAGAGCCUGGCCCGUGGAAUUCCCUGAUCCCAGAGUUUGUGGCAGCAGCUGGAGCAGGUUCCUGGAGUCCCUUUAUUCCCAGGUGUCUCUCCAGCCUGUCCUGUGCUUCGGUGGCUUCAUGGGGACAGGGCUGGAGCUGCCACUUCCCAGCACGUUUUCCUUGGAAUUAAUGCAGGCAUUUAACAAAUAUCGGCUUUUGCAGCCCUGGCCUUUGGUCCGGGCUGGAAAAAUGGGAAUUAUUUGAAUGAUGGGGCCCAUCUGGGCUGAUUCUCAAGCAGGGCAGGAAUAGCUGAUCCAGUGAUUCCCUGCAUUAAAUUCCUGCGUUCCUGGGAGAUAAAUAUUGAUGGGAUAAUUAUUGAACAGGAUAUCAAAGUCUGUUUGCUGUCGGAUUCCUCCGGAGCUGCAAUAAAUCAGGGAGAGGCAUUAAAAUUCUCCACUGGAACCCAAACCUCAGCUUUAAUCAAGUGCCUGGGGUUGGGUGGAGCCGCUGAGCCGCUCCUGGAAUGUUGAACAGGGGGAGCUU